ACCCUUUCUGUGUCAUUGCAGUGCAUGGCACUUGGGAUGAGUGGUCACCAUGGAGCUUGUGCUCAUCCACCUGUGGCCGUGGAUACAGGGACCGAACACGCACAUGCAACCUGCCACAGUUUGGUGGGGACCCCUGCAUAGGUCCUGACAAGCAGACGAAAUUUUGUAACAUUGCUGUCUGCCCAGUGGAUGGUGUCUGGAGUGACUGGUCAGACUGGAGCUCAUGUUCUGCCUCCUGUGCCAAUGGCACCAUGCAGCGCACCCGUGAAUGUAACGGGCCCUCCUAUGGGGGCUCUGAAUGCAGGGGUGAAUGGCUGGAAACACAGUCAUGCUUCCUGAGGGACUGUCCAGUGGAUGGGAAGUGGCAGGUGUGGACAGCAUGGGGCAGCUGCAGCAAGACCUGUGGAGGUGGAAGUCUGAGGAGGCAGAGGGCCUGUUAUGGACCCUUCUAUGGGGGGGAGCCAUGCCCCGGGGACCGCGAGGAACUACGGGAAUGCAACGAGAAACGCUGUCCAGAGCCUCACGAGAUCUGUGAUGAGGAGAACUUCGCUAAUGUGGUGUGGAAGAGGACCCCUGCUGGUGACACUGCAGCAGUACGCUGCCCUCCCACCGCCUCUGGGCUCAUACUGCGUCGAUGCACUUUGGACGAAGAGGGCAUCGCCUACUGGGAGGAUCCAACUUACAUCAAGUGCAUUUCCAAUGAUUACCUACAUAUACAGAUGAUGACACGCGAGCAUCUCAUAAAAGCCCAACGUGGACUGGUUGGAGAUGGAGCUUCAGAUGUCCUUGCUAAGCUGAAGACCAUAUCCAAUGAUGGGACAAGUUACAGUGGGGACCUGCUGGCUAUUGUGGACAUCCUAAGGAACAUGACUGAAAUUUUCAGGAGGUCCUACAAUAGUCCCAAGGCUGUAGAUGUGCAGAACUUUGUCCAAUCAGUCAGCAACCUGCUGAUGGAUGAGAACAGGGAUAGAUGGGUGGAGGCACAGCUGCUGGGCUCCAAUAUCAGAGAACUAUUCCGGCUGGUUGAGGACUUUGUAGAUGUGAUUGGUUUGCGAGUGAACAAUCUGCAGGAUUCAUAUAAGGUCACAGAAAACCUAGUGCUGAGCAUUCACCGCCGCCCUGUGGCUGGAACCUCAGACAUCAUUUUUCCCAUGAGUAACUUGUGGGGAUUGGUGGACUGGGCAAGACCAUAUGAUAAUGUCACUAUCCCCCGAAACAUCCUGCCAGUAGGUCAGCAAGGUAAGGGUUUGUCUCUGUUAUAUGUGCCAUUCAUGCUGUCUGAUUAA